GCUUGUUUUACGAUAUUUGAGGCAUAAGUUUCUUGUUUAAUCAUUUUUUUAAAGUGUUUCUUGUUCAAUCAUAUAUAGACAUAUUAACCAAAUUAUUCUAAUUUAUUCUACACCAAAGAUUUGUUAUACAUAUUUAGUUAUACUAUUUCGGGAUACAAUAUUUUAUAGCAUAUAUAAUCCUAUUAUGAUGCACUCCCGUUGCCAUAUAAAGAUAUCUCCUUAAUUUUUAUUCCUAAAUCUCUCAUAACCAUAAACAUAAAUAAUUGUUUGUCUCUAUUAUUAACUCUUUUUAUUGUCUCUUUUCUUCUAAACAUUUCCACACUUGAUUAGAAAAGAGACAAUAAUAAUGGAGGAGUUCAAGUUCAACCAUAGCAUAAUCCUCUUAAUCGCCGCAUCUCUAGUAUUACUCUUCUCAUCACCACUAGUCCAAUGCCACGUGACAUCAUCGCCAUCGCCAUCACCAUCACCAACCCCACAACCAUAUGAAUCACAAAGCAAUAAUCAUAAUAGUGGAUACGUCCAUUCAACACACCCCAAAAGAAGAUCAAAUCCCACUUCAAACGACGAAUUCAACCUCUUAGAAAAUAUAAAUAAAAUAUGUAGUGUCACUGCAGACCCCAAGAUAUGCGUUGAGGCAAUCCUACCCCACGUGAAGGGUCACGUGGACCCUGUUUUGGCUCUCCAAACAGAGAUCAAAUCCUUCAUUACGUUAUUGGGAAAAGCCAAUAUAGUGAUGAAAGCCACCCUAAAGCACUCAACAAGUUCAACAACAGCAGAUUGCCUAAGAUUAUGCGUGGACAUGUACAGCACCGCUCGUAUGGACCUGAAACAAGCAUUGCAGGCUAUUAAAUCCCAUGAUAUUGGAUUGUUGAAUAGCCUUCUAAGUGGUGUUAUUACAGGUAUAGGGACUUGUGAUGAUACUGUCUCUGAGGCUGGUGAAGAGUUGCCUCUUGAUACUAAUUUAGUUAACACUAUUCAUAAGUUGGCUGAUAACUGUAUGGAUAUUUCUGCAGUACUUCUUACUUAAUAUGAUGAAUGUAUAUGUAUAUAAAUAUAUAUUAUUUGAUUAUUUGAUAAUUGUUGAUGUUUUGUAAUUUGAUAAGGUGAGUGCAUUCUUUCUAUAAUAAAUAUUAUAUUCUUUCUUACA